CCAUACUGGACUCGGCCUGAACGAAUGGAUAAGAAACUCCUGGCAGUCCCCGCGGCCAACACGGUCCGCUUCCGGUGUCCAGCCGCUGGCAACCCCACCCCAUCCAUCUACUGGCUGAAGAAUGGCCGAGAAUUCAAAGGAGAACAUCGGAUUGGGGGCAUCAAGUUGAGACACCAGCAGUGGAGUCUGGUCAUGGAGAGCGUGGUGCCCUCGGACCGAGGGAAUUAUACCUGCGUGGUGGAGAAUAAAUAUGGCAGCAUACAGCAGACCUACACACUGGAUGUCCUGGAGAGAUCCCCACACCGGCCCAUUCUGCAGGCUGGCCUCCCAGCCAAUCAGACCGUGGUUGUAGGGAGCAAUGUGGAAUUCCACUGUAAGGUGUACAGUGAUGCCCAGCCCCAUAUACAGUGGCUGAAACAUGUGGAAGUAAAUGGUAGCAAGUACGGCCCAGAUGGGACGCCCUACGUUACUGUCCUCAAGACAGCAGGAGUUAACACAACGGAUAAGGAACUAGAAAUUCUCUAUUUGCGCAAUGUCACCUUUGAGGAUGCCGGGGAGUAUACUUGUCUUGCUGGGAAUUCUAUUGGGUUCUCACACCAUUCUGCUUGGCUGAUGGUUCUCCCAGCCGAAGAGAUGGUUCAAGUGGAAGACUCGGGCAGCGUCUUCGCUGGCCUCCUCAGCUAUGGGCUUGGCUUUUGUCUCUUCAUCGUGGUGGUGGCGGUGGCCGUCGCCAUUUGUCGGCUGAAGAUGCCCUCCAAGAAGGCCAUCAACACCCCCACUGUUCAGAAGGUGUCCAAGUUCCCACUCAAGCGACAGGUGUCCCUGGAGUCGAACUCGUCCAUGAAUUCCAACACCCCGCUGGUGAGAAUCGCCCGCCUCUCCUCCAGCGAGGGGCCCAUGCUGGCCAACGUGUCUGAGCUGGAGCUCCCCGCCGAUCCCAAGUGGGAGCUGUGCCGAUCUCGGCUUACCCUGGGAAAACCUCUUGGCGAAGGCUGUUUUGGCCAAGUGGUCAUGGCAGAAGCCAUUGGCAUCGACAAAGACAAGCCCAACAAACCUGUGACCGUCGCUGUGAAGAUGUUGAAAGAUGAUGCCACAGACAAGGACCUGUCCGACUUGGUCUCUGAAAUGGAAAUGAUGAAGAUGAUUGGAAAACACAAAAACAUCAUUAACUUGUUGGGAGCCUGCACCCAGGAUGGUCCCCUCUAUGUCCUGGUGGAAUACGCAUCCAAGGGGAACCUUCGUGAGUAUCUGCGGGCCCGGAGACCUCCAGGGAUGGAUUACUCCUUCGAUACCUGCAAGCUCCCAGAAGAACAACUGACCUUCAAGGACCUGGUGUCCUGUGCCUACCAGGUGGCCCGCGGCAUGGAGUACUUGGCAUCCCAGAAGUGCAUUCACCGGGACCUGGCUGCUCGAAAUGUGCUAGUGACAGAAGACAGUGUGAUGAAGAUUGCAGACUUUGGCCUGGCCAGAGACGUGCACAACAUUGACUACUAUAAGAAAACAACCAAUGGGCGGCUGCCUGUGAAGUGGAUGGCUCCAGAAGCCUUGUUUGACCGGGUGUACACUCACCAGAGUGAUGUCUGGUCUUUCGGUGUCCUGCUUUGGGAGAUCUUUACCCUAGGAGGCUCCCCCUACCCUGGGAUCCCCGUGGAGGAGCUCUUCAAGCUGUUAAAAGAGGGCCAUCGGAUGGACAAACCCGCCAACUGCACCCAUGAUCUGUAA